CUAAUGAAUUGAAUAAAACAUUUCUAAAAUGGUAUCGACCAAAUAAUGAAAACGAUAAUGCUGAAUAUCGUAAGCAAUGCAAAGAAGCAGAUGAUCAUAAUAGUUUAUAUUUCAAAUCAAAAACAAAAACAUCAAAUACUUUAACACAUGUACUUACAAGUAAACGUUUAGAUGUUAAAGAUCUUCUUGAACGACAUUCUCUAACUGCCACAGAUUUUUCAGAAAUAAUUCUAAAAAUUCAAGUAACGGAAUUGAAUCUUUAG